GGAAAUAUUUUUACUUCGAUUCAUGAUGUCUGCAAACAUGAAUGAAUUUGCUGCUGGAGACACAGCUCACGAGAAGAAACAAGCGUUCAGUGAAGAUCUUGGUCCAGUUUUAAAACAAGAAACCAUUGUGGAAUUUAAACAAGUUCCAGACUCGGCGGUGGAUGGGGAGAAUAUUUCAUCAAGUGAAAGUGGCAGUUCUAUAACAGACCUGUUCAACAGCUUUCACCAGCUUCACAAAAAUAUUGGCACUUUCAUUGACAACAAUAAAUUUAUCCUCAGAUGUAUUUUCAUUGGGCUGACAUGUUCCUGUGCACUUGGGUAUUUUGUAUGGGCAUUGGUCAUUUCAAUAAAGUAUCACUGUCAGGACAUCCGGGCUCUGAUUGGUUUAGUUGUUGUCAUCGUGUUGUGUGUAAUGAUAUGGUUCAUUAAAACACACUUUAGUACACAGCUUGAAAAAUGGUCAGAGUGUGCCGGGGCAGUCAUCAAUGGAAAAGUACGGAAAUUAAUGAAAGUUGCUGUUUGUUUGUCAGCUCUUGCGGGUAUCACCGUGGUGACAUUACUGACAGCCUGGCGACGACCUUCCAACCUUGUUGCAUUGGCUGGACUUCUAUUUUUUGUCAUUUUCUUAUGGCUUUUCUCGGCUCAUCCUGGGCAGGUGAAAUGGCGACCGGUUCUCGGAGGGUUUUGUAUCCAGUUCUAUUUUGCUGUGAUCAUAUUACGAUGGGAUUUUGGUUACAAUGUCUUCCACUGGUUAGGACAGAGAGUACAAGAAUUUCUGGCAUUCACCAACUUUGGGGCUGAGUUUGUGUUUGGUCCUAAAUACACAGAUCAUAUCUUUGCUAUGAAGGUUCUGCCAGUGGUGGUAUUCUUCAGCUGUGCAAUUAAUGUGCUGUAUUAUAUUGGAGCCAUGCAAAUGAUAAUCAGUAAGAUAGGCUGGUUGUUGAGGAAAGUUCUCGGGACAACUGCACCGGAAUCAUUGUGUGCUGCUGCUAACAUCUUCAUAGGACAAUCGGAAGCCCCGAUUAUGAUUCGACCAUUCAUGCCAUUGAUGACGAAGUCAGAGCUGAAUGCUGUGAUGACUGGAGGAUUUGCUACAAUAGCUGGUGGAGUAAUGGCAGCAUACAUUUCCUUUGGGGUCCCACCAGAACAUUUAUUAUGUGCUUCUGUGAUGAAUGCACCAUGUGCACUUGCUGUUUCCAAGUUACUCUAUCCAGAGACAGAAACCAGUCAAAUACGAAAACUCUCCGACGUUGAUCUUGGAGAAAGGAAGGAGAGAAAUAUUCUUGAGGCAGCAGCAGCAGGAGCAUCAGCUUCCAUCAAGCUUGUUGCCAACAUUGCUGCCAACCUGAUUGCCUUUCUUGCCAUGUUGGCAUUUGUCAAUGCUAUGCUGUCCUGGUUUGGUAGCUUCUUGUGUCAUCCAGAACUCUCCUUCCAGAUGAUCUGUUCGUAUGUGUUUAUGCCUAUAGCAUAUAUGAUGGGAGUUCAGUGGUCAGAUGCUGGUGUAGUCGGAGAAUUAGUUGGAAUAAAGACAUUCCUCAACGAGUUUGUGGCUUACAAGGAACUGUCCAAAUUCAUGGAGAACAGACUUGCUUGCACUGGGGAACUCAUCUCAAUGAGAUCUCAGGUGAUAGCAACAUACGCUCUAUGUGGAUUUUCGAAUCUGAGUUCAAUAGGGAUCCAGCUAGGAGCUCUUGGACCUAUGGCCCCUGAGAGGCGUGGUGACCUUGCCACUAUAGUGUUAAGGUCCUUACUGGGAGGAAUUGUUACAUGUCUUAUAACGGCAUCUAUUGCAGGUCUGUUGUUGGUUGAUGAACCACUGGACUUGUGUAUAUCUGGAGCAAACAAUACCAUCAACAUGAAUGUUACCAUGGCAACAGUAGUUGACAGCAUUAUAGGUGAUAGCAAUAAUGUGACAUAUCUAACAAACUCAACUGCUGGCAGUGUUUUAUGAUGAAGGCCUUUUGUUAGGAACACAUAAAUUUUGAUAAGGACUUUUUUUUACAAUUUUAUUUUAAUGCAAUACUUUUUGAUCUCAUUUUAUGCUACCAUAUUAAAAUUUAUAUCAAAUGUU